AUGAUAAGCUUGGCGGCAUCGAAAUUUGAUAAGAAAUAUGGAAAAGAAAAAGAAAAUGAGGGGACUGGAAAACGAAAUUUUAUGCGACUUCUGAUGAAUUCAGCUUCUCAGAAGAAGUAUCUUGAUCCUUACCUGGAGCAGCUCCAGAAGCAGUUGGAGACGUUGAAGGAGGAGGUGUUGAAGAAGACGACGUGGCGGAUGAAGCCGAUGAAACACCAACGGACAGAGGGGAGUGAGCCGGUGAGUGAGCAGAAGAGAACGGUGCCGGCGGUACACCAUCAUCCCCACAUCCUUGACCCAUUUUUAAAGAAUUCAAUGAGAUCGAAAAGAGGAUGGGAAUGA